UUCUCCUUCUUUCCCCUCCCCGCGGCGCCUCACCCCCUCCUCCUUCCCCUCCACCACCACCGUCAGCACCACUACCACCAUCACCACCACCUCUUCGUCAGUUCCCCUUCAGCUGGUGGCGCGGGAGGAUGUUUCCGUUGCCCUUCACUACACGCUGCUAGAUCAAGGAGGGAAGACCAUCACCACCAUCACCACCACCACCACCACCACUACCACUACUACCACAGCUGAUGGAGGCCACACAACCAUCACAACUGCUACUACCACAGUCUCCCACCACCAUGGCUGGCUCCACCUCUCCUGCUGCUGCUGCUGCUGCUGCGUCUGUUUGCGCCGUUGGCCAGGAAGAGAGAGAGAGAUGGAGUGAGGCGGGACAUUUAAAUCCGCAACAUAACCUGCUGAGCCAGGCGGCGACGGGGAGUGUGGGAGGAGUGGCCGCGGCUCUGGCUGGCGGGGCGCACGUGGACAGCUCCAGCCCCGGCCACCUACCAUUCCUGGGGCGUGCCGCGCUGCACCACGCCGCCUCCAAGGGACACGUCAGCGUGGUGCGGUUCCUUGUGCAACGGGGCGCCAAUGUGAAUUUGCACAGUGGUUUCCCCGGCGACAGAGGAGCCACACCUGCACACCUGGCGGCAGAGAACGGCUACUACAGGUCUCUCCAGGUGCUCCUAUUUGCCGGCGCCAACCCUGACAGACCUGACGCUGACGGACGCCUACCGAUCCACCGCGCGGCACUGAGACGCCAAGUUUGGGUGUUGCGCGCGAUGUGGGACUUCGGAUGUGACCUUUCAGCACCUGCCGCCGACUACUCCACCGCCCUCCACCUUGCCGCGGGGGUGGGAGCCCUCAACGUGGCGAGGUUCCUGGUGGAGGUGUGUGGGGUGCGGCCUGGGGUGACGGAUGGCGAGGGGUACACUGCCCUUCAUCACCCCAACACCCAGAGACAUCCAAGGCUUGUGGCGUAUCUCAGGGAAGUCGAGUCGAUGAUGGAGGCCACAAGAUGGAACCCACAGCACCAGGUACCCCCUUAUCCUCGCCUCCCGCUGCGGCCCACACCUAGGCAGCCACGGCCCAUGCACUACAGCACGUGCCACUACAGCCACCACCGCUACCCCUACCACAACCACUACAGGACCUACGGGGGCGCCACCAUGCGCUACCCGUAUAAGGGAGGGCGUGUGUGGUACCGGAAGAGACAGAGGGACAGAUUUGCGACUGUCAAACCUUCAAUCAACACCUCAACUGCCUCACCAGCCUCCAUGUCAACUUCCCUGGCCUCUGCUGGCGCUGCAGCCUCCUGUGACACCACCUCACAGAAUGGGUACAUCCAGGCAGACCCACAGACCCUUGGCGAUGCAGGCAGUGCGGUGAGGAAUGGUCUGAGUGACACUACAUUGCAGGAAGAUGUGAGGGAUGUUUUGGCAGGAGGGCACCGCCAGGAGUCUGUGCCAGCAGGGAACGUGGCGAUGAAUGGAGGCUGCCAGGAGACCUCCCCGGCCACUGCAGAACCCCAGCACAACGGACAUGGCCACCCAGACACCCAGCUUAAUGGACAUGAGGCAGGCUUUGUGUCAGACAGUGCCAGUGGGUUCUGUUCCAGUGGCACACAGGUUGAAGCGUUCCAGAAUGGCCUCAGCCACUCAGAAAGUGGGCUGCUGAAUGGCCACCAGCACUCAGAGGACGCCGUUCAGAGUACAUACCUCUCGACGACCAGCAGCGGCUAUGUUUGCUCAGACGGCUCUGUGACUGAUGCUUCCAAGGACCUUGUUUACUACUCAGAUGCCUUACUGAACGGCCACCACGAUGAGGGGGCCCCAGCAGACUCACAGCUACCCCAGGACAGCACCACCACCCACCCUGCACCCCAGCUAGACCCGUGGGACACAUUCGUGCGCCCCAGUAAGGACGGCAACGAGGGGCAAGGCACCCCGGCAAGCACCACUCACAUUCAGACCUUCUCGUUUGCGGAAGGGAAAUCAGACGCUGGACUCGCCCACCAGACCUGGCACUGCAAUGGUCUGGGCUCAUCAGGAGAAGGCAGUGAGAUUGACGACCAGAAUCUGUGUGGCCUGACUGGGAAUCCUAGUGAGAGAGAUGCGAUUGAUGAGCGGAAUGACGGAUCAGGCUCAGAGGGGUACCACAGCCUGACCAGUCCGCCAGAACCCUUACUUUCGGCCCCAGACCCUUCAGAGCCUCUGCAGCCCACCCUGGACACCUCAGAGCCACCAAGCCCUGUGGAGUUACACCCACAGCACUCACACUCCAAUCCUACAGACUCAGAGGGGUACCACAGUCUGACCCCAGCAGAACCUCUCCAGUCGAGCGUAGACACCGCGGAACACCUAAGCCUUGCAGAGACACAUUCCCAGCAUCAACAUGGGAACGCACUCGCUAAAAAUACCCCAGAGUCGUCCCUGCCAAGCCCACAGUCUCCUAACUUGCUCACCACACAGGACACCAGUGAUAACCAAUUCCUGGCUGGUCUUGUGGGGAACAUUAUCGACACGCGUCCCAUAACUGGAAGAGGAGAUGAGGACGUUUCAGGCAUCAGUGAGUUGAAGACACUUAAAGAUGAGGUGGAUGAGGGGCCGAGGAGAAACCUGGAGGACGUGUCUGUGCAGGAGGUGUCUGUAGACGAGAGAGACUUCAUAAGCACUCCAGACAGGAAUCCUAACAGCCAGUUCUUGCUAGAUGAGGAGGAAAGUGAGGAGGAUGAGAACACACAGCUACAGGAUCGUGGAGAGGAUGUAGCAGAAGGAAGGAUAAGGAACCCAGAACCUACAGCUGAAGAAGAGGUGAGGACUGCAGAAGACGUGACAGAGGAAAUGGUGAAUAAGGAACCUGCUGAAGAAGAGGUGAGGACUGCAGAAGAUGUAACAGAGGAAAUGGUGAAUAAGGAACCUGCUGAAGAAGAGGUGAGGACUGCAGAAGACGUAACAGAGGAAAUGGUGAAUAAGGAACCUGCUGAAGAAGAGGUGAGGACUGCAGAAGACGUAACAGAGGAAAUGGUGAAUAAGGAACCUGCUGAAGAAGAGGUGAGGACUGCAGAAGACGUGACAGAGGGAAGGACGAGUAAGGAACCUGCUGAAGAAGAAGUGAUGAUUACAGAAGACGUGACAGAGGGAAGGAUGAGUAAGGAACCUGCUGAAGAAGAAGUGAUGAUUACAGAGGACGUGGCAGAGGGAAGGACGAGUAAGGAACCUGCUGAAGAAGAAGUGAUGAUUACAGAGGACGUGACAGAGGGAAGGAUGAGUAAGGAACCUGCUGAAGAAGAAGUGAUGAUUACAGAGGACGUGACAGAGGGAAGGAUGAGUAAGGAACCUGCUGAAGAAGAAGUGAUGAUUACAGAGGACGUGGCAGAGGGAAGGACGAGUAAGGAACCUGCUGAAGAAGAGGUGAGGACUGCAGAAGUGACAGAGGAAAGGACGAGUAAGGAAACUGCUGAAGAAGAGGUGACGACUGCAGAAGACGUGACAGAGGAAAUGAUGAAUAAGGAACCUGCUGAAGAAGAGAUAAGGACUACAGAAGACGUGACAGAGGGAGGGAUGAGUAAAAAACCUGCUGAAGAAGAGGUGAGGACUACAGAAGACGUGACAGAGGGAAAGAUGAGUGAGGAACCUGCUGAAGAAGAGGUGAGGACUGCAGAAGACGUGACAGAGGGAAAGAUGAGUGAGGAACCUGCUGAAGAAGAGAUAAGGACUACAGAAGACGUGGCAGAGGGAGGGAUGAGUGAGGAACCUGCUGAAGAAGAGAUAAGGACUGCAGAAGACGUGACAGAAGGAACGAUAACAAAUUUCGAGCCUACUGAAGAAGAGCUGAGGACAAGUGACAGGAUAGACAAGAUAGAAGGAAGUGCCAGUGACGAGACAGUGCCAGAAGGUGAGGCACUGCAGACGAGGAGCGAAACAGGAGAUGAGGAGGAUGGAAAGGUGGAUGAUGUAAGUGCAAUGAAGACAGAAGGUGAUGUUGAGAGACUGGAGGGCAAAAUCGUGGUGACAGUGACUAAGAAUGACACCAAAGACACCUCAGCUCUACGUGAAAUAAAUGAGAGAACGAAAGCAGAUGAGGACAUAACAGAAAACGUAACCAGUGUUGUGAAAGAAAGAGGAAAACGAGAAAAUUAACCACAGACUCAAGAAAACUGAAGACGCAGACGGAGAAGGGCCACAAACAGAGGGGGGUGAAGAGAGAAGGAAACACACAGAGAACGAGGAACAGGAAGACGUGAAAAAGAGAGUAGCAGAGGCAAGCAGGUCUGGUGAAGAGAAGCCCAAGAAAAGAGUAACUUUUGACUUCAGGAAAAGAGAAGAAGAGACAGAAGAGGAGGAGGAGGAGGAGGAGGAGAAGGAAGAAGUACAGAGCUUGAUAAAUAGGGAAGAGGAGACAGAAGAGGAAGUAGAGAGCUUGAGAAGGAGGGAAACAGAGGAAAA